CUGCCGAGGCUGAAUGCAGACUCGCUCCUAUAGACUAGAACAUGGUUUCCGAUUUCUCUCUCCUCCCCUUCCUGUUCAGUAGUUUUUGAUGAAAAGAAGAGACACAGAUUUACUAGAAAAUCGAUCAAAGCAUCUCCACUAGACUAAUUCGAAGGAUGCCAAAGACAAAGACUAACCGUCUCAAAUAUCCUGAUGGGUGGGAGCUAAUAGAACCUACUCUGAAUGAAAUGGAAGCACGAAUGCGAGAAGCUGACACAAAUCCACAUGAUGGGAAAAGAAAAUGUGAGGCGCUAUGGCCAAUUUUUAGAAUAGCCCAUCAAAGAAGCCGAUACAUAUUUGAUCUUUUUCAUGUCAGGAGGGAAAUUUCUAGGGAGUUGUAUGAGUUUUGCUUGGACCAAGGCUAUGCUGACCGCAAUUUAAUUGCCAAGUGGAAAAAGGCUGGUUAUGAACGACUUUGCUGUUUACAUUGCAUACAAACUCGUGAUCACAACUUUGGCACCACAUGUGUGUGCCGUGUUCCCCAACACCUGAGGGAGGAAAAGGUCAUUGAAUGCAUUCACUGUGGCUGUAGGGGAUGCGCUAGUGGAGACUAAUCUUAACAUGUUAAUAUUUGGCAUAUUCCAUAUUUGAAGUCUCUAGAUUUCAGAUUUCAAACUUGGAUGAACUUGUUAAUUAUUGUAUUUCAGAGCUGGAGUGAAUGUCAAGAACAAUGGAUCUUAGACUCAUCCGAUGUAAGAAUCAUCUUCCCUUUCUAUGGUAUAGAAAAUUUGAGCUUUUCAGACU